UGCUGUUGUAGUUUCCUGCCACUCGGCUGUGGAGAUAAGAAAAGGAUCAAUGACGCUCUGAAAAUUAGGAUUUUUAUCGAGGAUAAAUGGUAUAUUGGGCUCUGGUCUGUUGCCACUAUAAGGAUGUUUUGGCGAAGAAAACACGGACAUCUUUGGAUUAAUUUUCUUGGACUGCUUUGUCUUUGUGAACGGUCCGCAUCGCAGUUAUCUUAUUCAGUUUCCGAGGGAGCGAACAAAGGGACUGUUGUCGGUAAUAUUGCUAAGGAUUUAAAUCUCAACGUGAAGGAUCUGAAAGACAGGGAUCUUCGUAUUAUUUCUGGUUUGAGCAAAGCGUAUUUUGAUGUAAAUUUGCAGACCGGGAACCUCUUUGUUGCCGAGGGAAUUGACAGAGAGGAGGUUUGUCCAUAUGUGAUAAAAUGCUCCAUUAACAUACAAGCGGCUUUAAACAACCCAAUGAAUGUACAUCGCAUUGAGAUAAACAUUCUUGAUGUUAAUGAUAACGCACCUUCCUUUAUUGAGCAAACGCAUGCAUUAAAUAUUUCGGAGUUAUUAUCGCCAGGAGAGAGAUUUCCUCUCCCUGUAGCGGUGGAUGCAGAUAUAGGAAGCAACGGAUUGAAAUCCUACAAGCUGAGUCAGAAUGAGCAUUUCUCACUUGAUAUACAAAGUGGUGGAGAACACGGCGUUUUAGCUGAGUUGGUCCUGCAAAAAGCUUUAGAUAGAGAAAAACAACCAGUAAUCAAACUUGUUUUGACUGCUGUAGAUGGAGGUAAGCCACCACGGUCAGGAACAUUGCAGUUGACUGUUAACGUUAUCGAUGUAAAUGACAACACUCCCGUGUUUAGUAAAUCUCUUUACAAAGUACAAAUAAAAGAAAAUGUUACUCCUGGAACAUUUGUUGUCAAAUUAAGUGCGACAGAUUUGGACGAAGGGAUAAACAGCUGGAUUCAUUAUUUCUUCAUAAAAACAGGAAAUACGGAUCCAUCAAAUCUUUUUGAACUUAACUCAGAAACAGGAGAAAUAACAGUGAAAGGGAGUUUAGAUUUUGAAGAAACACGUGCUUAUGAAAUCAGAGUUCAAGCGAAAGAUCACGGACCCUCACCCCGAAGUGCUUAUGCUAAACUACUAAUAGAGGUGAUCGAUGUUAAUGACAAUGCUCCUGAAAUAUCAGUUACAUCCUUAAUGACACCAGUAAAAGAAAACGCAGAGCUUGGUACGAUAGUUGCUUUUAUUACAGUGAGUGAUAAAGAUGGAGGGAAUAAUGGUGUAACUAAGUGCAGCAUAAUUGGAUCCUUUCCUUUUAAACUGAAGUCCAACUACAAAAAUGACUACUCUUUAAUAGUUGAUGGACCACUAGACAGAGAAACAAUUUCUACUUAUAACAUAACCAUUUCAGCUUCAGAUGAGGGAAUUCCAUCUCUUUCGAGUAUCAAAGUAAUUACCGUUCACGUCGCCGACAUCAACGAUAACGCACCUCGUUUUACUGAACCUGUGUUUCAUGUUUAUGUGAAAGAAAACAGCCCCGUCGAUUCCAAAAUUUGCACAAUAAAUGCCGUUGAUCUGGAUCUAGGUGAUAAUGCACUGGUUAAUUACAAACUUUUGAAAACCUUUUCGAAAAAUAUUCCAAUUUCUUCUUUAUUAAGCAUAAAUUCAGACACUGGAGAUAUAACUGGUCUGCAAACAUUUGACUACGAGGAGUUAAAAACGUUCCAGUUUAAAGUUCAGGCCACGGACUCUGGUGUUCCUCCGCUCAGCAGCAACGUGACUGUAAAUGUUUUAAUCCUCGAUGAAAAUGACAACAGUCCAACCAUAUUAGCACCUUAUUCUGAGCAUGGUUCUGUUAACAGUGAGACCAUCCCUUAUACUGCUGAGGCAGGGUACUUUGUAGCAAAGAUCAGGGCUGUGGACGCAGACUCUGGAUACAAUGCGCUGCUGUCAUACCACCUGACUGAGCCCAAAGGAAACAACCUGUUUCGGAUUGGAACCAGCACCGGGGAAAUAAGGACUAAGAGGAGAUUGAGCGACAAUGACCUGAAAACCCAUCCGUUGGUUGUGUUGGUUUCAGAUCAUGGAGAACCUUCUCUGUCAGCUACUGUGUCUAUGGAGGUGGUGGUUGUUGAAAGCGCAGCUGACGUCCAGACUCACUUCAGAGAUGUGAAUUUA